AUGAAGCUCCCAGCUCUCAUUCUCAUCCCUCUUAUCUUCUUCUCCACCCUCAUCUUCCUCACCGAGUCAACUCAGCCUCCAUAUUCAUGCGACUCGUCCAACCCUUCAACCGAGUCCUUCCUUUUCUGCAAAACCACCCUCCCCAUCAACCAAAGAGUCCAUGACCUCGUCUCCCGUCUCACAUUGGACGAGAAGAUCUCCCAACUCGUCAACUCGGCCCCUCCGAUUCCCCGACUCGGCAUCCCGAGUUACGAGUGGUGGUCGGAGGCUCUUCACGGCGUCGCUGACGUCGGCAAAGGCAUCCGUCUCUACAGCACCAUCAACAGCGCCACCAGCUUCCCUCAAGUCAUAUUAACCGCUGCUUCUUUCAAUGAGCAUCUCUGGUAUCGGAUCGGUCAGGUGAUCGGAAUCGAAGCGAGGGCAGUGUACAAUGCAGGACAAGCGACGGGAAUGACAUUUUGGGCACCAAACAUAAACAUUUUCAGGGACCCAAGAUGGGGGAGAGGGCAAGAGACUCCCGGAGAAGACCCAUUGAUGACGGCAAAAUACUCGGUGGCGUAUGUCCGGGGGGUUCAGGGUGAUUCAUAUGAAGGAGGGAAGCUGAAGGUGGGUGGCCAUCUCCAGGCCUCUGCUUGUUGUAAGCAUUUCACGGCGUACGAUCUGGACAACUGGAACAAUGUGACUCGUUUUGGGUUUAAUGCCAAGGUGACUCAGCAAGACCUAGCAGACACGUAUCAGCCUCCAUUCAAGAGUUGCGUCGAGCAAGGCAAAGCCAGUGGCAUCAUGUGUGCUUAUAACCAAGUUAAUGGAGUCCCAAGCUGUGCAGAUCACAAUCUCUUAACCAAGACUGCUCGAGGAGAAUGGGGUUUUCAUGGAUAUAUCACGUCGGAUUGUGACGCCGUGAGCAUUAUUUACGACGUGCAAGGAUACGCUAAGCACCCGGAAGAUGCCGUCGUCGACGUCCUGAAAGCAGGCAUGGAUGUGAACUGUGGAACCUACUUGCAAAAUCACACAAAGAAUGCAGUGCAGCAGAAAAAGCUGCCCGUAUCAUACAUAGACAAAGCCCUCCACAACUUGUUCUCUAUAAGGAUGAGGUUAGGUCUGUUUGAUGGCAACCCAACCAAGCUACCUUUCGGCAACAUUGGUCCAGAGAAAGUGUGCUCUAAACAGCACCAAGCUUUAGCACUAGAAGCUGCUGAAGAUGGCAUCGUGCUUUUGAAGAACGCGGGCAAACUACUCCCACUACCAAAAUCAAAGGGCAUUUCACUUGCUGUAAUCGGUCCCAAUGCCAAUGCUUCCGAAACACUUCUCGGAAACUAUCACGGUCCACCGUGCAAGCUCAUUACACCGUUACAAGGACUGCUAGGUUAUGCUAAGAAAACAGUAUACCACCCUGGAUGUGAUACAGUUAAAUGCCCUAAUCCUACGAUUGAUCAAGCUGUUAGAGUAGCACAGCAGGCAGAUUAUGUGGUUUUGAUUGUGGGAUUGGACCAAGGUGAAGAGAGAGAGGCGCACGAUAGAGACCACUUAAACUUGCCUGGUAAGCAACAGCAACUCAUUAGCAGUGUGGCUAAAGCCGCCAAGAAACCAGUGAUUCUUGUGAUUCUCUCUGGGGGUCCAGUUGACAUAUCUGCAGCGAAGUAUAAUCCAAAAAUAGGAAGCAUCCUGUGGGCUGGAUAUCCAGGUGAAGCUGGUGGAUCUGCCCUGGCAGAAGUCAUCUUUGGUGAUCACAACCCAGGUGGAAGAUUGCCAGUCACAUGGUAUACACAAGAUUACAUCAAAACACUAAUGACAGACAUGAGGAUGAGGCCUGACAAAAGAUCAGGCUAUCCUGGGCGCACUUACAGAUUCUACACAGGGAAAAGAGUGUUUGAUUUCGGUUAUGGCCUCAGCUACUCCAACUAUGCUUACAAUUUUGUAUCUUCAGUGACCCAGAACAAGGUCUACCUGAAUGAGUCAUCGGUUGGUCUAGCAGCUAAGAAUUCAGACUCCGGACGCUACCAGUUAGUUUCUGAUCUAGGUGAAGAACUCUGUGAGAAAAAGUUGUUCAAGGUCACAGUUGGGGCUAAGAAUGAGGGAGAGAUGGCUGGUAAGCAUCCAGUGUUGCUAUUUGUUAGUCGGAAAAACCCGACAAAUGGAAGUCCAAUGAAACAGUUGGUUGGAUUCAAGAGUGUGAUACUAAGCGCUGGAGAAAAGGCUGAACUUGAAUUCAUGCUGAACCCUUGUGAGCACCUCAGCCAUGCAAAUGAAGAUGGCUGGAUGGUGGUGGAAGAAGGUUCGCGUUUCUUGGUUGUGGGUGAUGUAGAGUACCCUAUUGAUAUCAUUGUUUGAUAUGAAGGGUUGCAAUCGUUGCAUCUUGCAACAGCUAAUCUAAAAGGAACUAAACAUGAU